AUGGCAAAGAGCGAGGGUCCGGCGAUCGGGAUCGAUCUCGGCACCACCUACUCGUGCGUCGGCGUGUGGCAGCACGACCGGGUGGAGAUCAUCGCCAACGACCAGGGCAACCGCACCACGCCGUCCUAUGUCGCCUUCACCGACACCGAGCGGCUCAUCGGCGACGCCGCCAAGAACCAGGUCGCCAUGAACCCCACCAACACCGUCUUCGAUGCCAAGCGGUUGAUCGGCAGGAGGUUCUCUGACCCGUCAGUGCGGAGUGACAUGAAGCUAUGGCCGUUCAAGGUCAUCCCAGGCCCUGGUGACAAGCCCAUGAUUGUAGUCAACUACAAGGGUGAGGAGAAGCAGUUCGCUGCUGAAGAGAUCUCCUCCAUGGUGCUCAUCAAGAUGAGGGAGAUUGCUGAAGCCUACCUCGGCUCUACGAUCAAGAACGCAGUGGUUACAGUGCCAGCCUACUUCAACGACUCGCAGAGGCAGGCCACCAAGGACGCUGGUGUCAUUGCGGGCCUCAAUGUGAUGCGUAUCAUCAACGAGCCUACUGCUGCUGCUAUUGCCUACGGUCUUGACAAGAAGGCCACCAGCUCUGGCGAGAAGAACGUGCUCAUCUUCGACCUUGGUGGUGGCACGUUUGAUGUGUCGCUCCUCACCAUCGAGGAGGGCAUCUUCGAGGUGAAGGCCACUGCGGGUGACACUCACCUUGGAGGUGAGGACUUCGACAAUCGCAUGGUGAACCACUUCGUCCAAGAGUUCAAGCGCAAGCAUAAGAAAGACCUCAGCGGCAACCCCCGUGCACUGCGCCGGCUGCGCACGGCGUGCGAGCGCGCCAAGCGCACGCUGUCAUCGACGGCCCAGACGACUAUUGAGAUCGACUCCUUGUUCGAGGGCAUCGACUUCUACUCCACGAUCACCAGGGCUCGCUUCGAGGAGCUCAACAUGGACCUGUUCCGCAAGUGCAUGGAACCUGUGGAGAAGUGCCUGCGCGACGCCAAGAUGGACAAGAGCAGCGUGCACGACGUCGUGCUUGUCGGUGGCUCCACCCGCAUCCCCAAGGUGCAGCAGCUGCUGCAGGACUUCUUCAACGGCAAGGAGCUGUGCAAGAGCAUCAACCCCGACGAGGCUGUGGCGUACGGCGCGGCUGUCCAGGCCGCCAUCCUCAGCGGCGAGGGCAACGAGAAGGUGCAAGACCUGCUCCUGCUCGACGUCACGCCACUGUCACUCGGCCUGGAGACUGCAGGUGGCGUCAUGACGGUCCUCAUCCCGAGGAACACCACCAUCCCGACCAAGAAGGAGCAGGUGUACGAGGGUGAGCGCGCGAGGACCAAGGACAACAACCUCCUCGGCAAGUUCGAGCUCUCCGGCAUCCCUCCUGCUCCGCGCGGCGUGCCCCAGAUCACGGUCACCUUCGACAUUGACGCCAACGGCAUCCUCAACGUCUCUGCCGAGGACAAGACCACCGGCCAGAAGAACAAGAUCACGAUCACCAACGAUAAGGGCCGGCUGAGCAAGGAGGAGAUUGAGAAGAUGGUGCAGGAGGCUGAGAAGUACAAGGCCGAGGACGAGGAGGUCAAGAAGAAGGUGGACGCGAAGAACACGCUCGAGAACUACGCCUACAACAUGAGGAACACCAUCAAGGAUGACAAGAUCGCCUCCAAGCUCCCGGCAGAGGACAAGAGGAGGAUCGAGGACGCCGUCGAUAGUGCCAUCAGCUGGCUGGACAGCAACCAGCUGGCUGAGGUGGACGAGUUCGAAGACAAGAUGAAGGAGCUUGAGGGGGUCUGCAACCCCAUAAUCGCGAAGAUGUACCAGGGCGCUGGCGCGGGCAUGGGCGAUGCUGCUGGCAUGGAUGAGGAUGCCCCGUCUGGUGGGAGCGGUGCUGGUCCUAAGAUCGAGGAGGUCGAUUAA